UUUUCUUGAUUUUUUUUAUUGGAAUGUUUUUUUUUCUCUCCUGUCUUCUCUCUAUUGACUGGUACGGGUUUCUCUCAGAAUUUGAUUUCUUUUCUUCUUCUCUUGUCUGAUUCAAAUGGGUUUUUCUUGAUGAUGGAAAAUCUUGUUUCUGUUCUCUUGGGUUCGUGCAUUACAAAUUUAUCUUUGUUUCUUGGCUUUUUCUUGGUACAAUAUUACCUUAUUUCCGUGUGAAAAAAUUUGUAACUAUAAUCUUUUAAUUGCAGCAUAGUUUGUCUCGUUUAUCCUGAUAAGAAUUAAAGUUAUGGGUGAUCAUCUUGCUCUAUUGGUGGACCGCUUGCUCACUGAAUCUACACUUGAAGCCACCAUUGAGAGCAGAAAAGGGGCACAGAGCUCGCCGGGUUCCGAGUCGUCGACUGUCCCCAUUGAUGAAUUUAGUUCAGAGAAGAAGUUUGGGAACUUGGUGGAGUGUAGGAUUUGUCAAGAAGAAGAUGAAGCGUCGAACAUGGAGGUCCCUUGUUCUUGCUGUGGCAGCUUGGAGUAUGCUCACAGAAAAUGUGUCCAGAGGUGGUGCAAUGAGAAAGGUGACACAACAUGCGAGAUAUGUCUUCAGCAAUUCAAGCCAGGUUAUACUGCUCCCCCUCAGUUAUUUCAGUAUGAUGGCGUUCCAAUGAACUUUAGGGGAAGCUGGGAGGUAUCUAGUAGGGAUGUUCAUGAUUCUCAGCUCAUAACAAUGGUCCCCUCUUAUAGAGGAGGUUUUAUGGAGUCUGACUAUGAUUUCUAUUCUGCUUCAAAUGAUCGAAGCACAUUUUGCUACAGAUCUGUGGCUAUAAUCUUCACCACCCUUUUGGUCCUUCGCCAUUCUCUCCCUCUCAUGAUUGGUGAACCAGAAGAGUACUCUGUAACACUUUUCUCUCUUCAUGUUCUGAGAACUGUUGGAAUACUAAUACCAGUUGCAGUCAUGGCGAGAUUUAUAUUUAUAUUUCAGCGACGAAGGCAUGUACAGGAGGCACGAGAUGUAACUAUUUCAGGAUCUGAUGAAGAAAGCUUGAGCGUUCCCUCAAAUUAUAGACGUCAACGACCUAACCUUAUUCUUGUUCGAUAGUAAUUUAGCUUGUUGAGGAUCAACUGUGCACUUUACAUAAAUUAAAAAAGAAGAAAACAAGAAAGGAAAAAAAAAAAGGUGUUAGGGUGAGUUGAUGUACACAAAAUGAUGCCACUCUCUCUUUAUAAGAGAAUGCAGAGGCGAAGUGGUUAUGUAACUGUGAAAUUCUGUAAAUAUUCCUUCUAUAUUCUAAAUUAAAAUUAAGCUGAUAUUUAGAUAGGAGGAAAAUUCUCUCCCUCUGUUAACUAAGUUAUCUUCAAUGAAAAGCUUGAUGUACACAAAAUGAUGCCACUCUCUCUUUAUAAGAGAAUGCAGAGGCGAAGUGUUUAUGUAACUGUGAAAUUCUGUAAAUGUUUCUUCUAUAUGCUUAAUUAAAAUUAGGCUGAUUUUUA